AUGUGUUCAGAUAAGCACUUUACUGAUCUAGUGCAAGAAAGACUGAUGCCGGAGAAUGGUCUCAAGAAAAAAAUGAAAGAGGCUGUAAAUAAAGUCCAGAACAAAGAGUUGACCUUACGUAAGGCUGCUGAGAUUUUUGCAGUACCGUUCACGAGCUUACAGAGAAGAGUUACUUUAUCCAGGGGUAUUAUUAAGCGUCGAGGUGGACAGCCAGCUUUAGAUGAGAACGCAGAAAAGAAGUUAGCUGACCGGCUAUUGCACUUGGCAAGUCGUGGCUUCGGAAUUACACCCAAAGCGGUACGUAAGUACGCGUUUGAAUUUGCAGAACGUCAAAACAUAAAACACAAAUUUGACAGAAAUGCUGGAAUGGCUGGCCAGGACUGGUUUCAUCGCUUCAUGCAAAGAAAUAAAAAAUUAACUAUUCGGAAGCCGGAGGGUCUGUCAAGAGCAAGGUGUGAUGGUAUGAAGAAGGAAAAAGUAGCAGAAUUCUUUAAUACUUUGGAAACAGUAGUAGAUAACAACAAUUUAAGAGGAAAACCUGAAUGUGUGUACAAUGUUGAUGAAACGGGUAUGCCGCUUAGUAACCGCCCACCCAACAUUAUAGCCCAAAAAGGUGCUAAAGAUGUUGUCAGCAUGACUAGUGUUGAACGAGGUGAAAAUGUAACCGUUCUAGCCUGUAUGAAUGCAGCAGGACAGUACAUACCUCCAUUUGUUCUAUUCAAAGGUGUGCGUAAACGUGACGAUUUUCUCCUAGGUAUGCCACCUGGUACUGAAGUUGCCAUGACAGAAAACGGCUGGGUCACCGAAGAAGCUUUUAAGUUGUGGCUGCAACAUUUCAAUCACUACCGGACCCCAGGAAAAGUAGUUCUAAUUUUGGAUGGGCAUGCGUCUCACACCAGCUACUCAGUGGUAGACUUGUGUGACUCUUUCGUAAUUGAACUUGUACUUCUUCCUCCACACACAUCACAUGCCCUGCAACCACUCGAUGUAUCGUUUUUCAAACCGCUCAAAACCUAUUAUCACCAACAAGCUACGGCAUGGCAACAUUCACAUCCCAAUCAAGGAAUCACAAAAGUCGCUUUCGGAGCACUUUUCCAACGGGCUUGGAAUCAGGCUGUUGGGAAUGCUACAAAAGGCUUCGAAAAGACUGGAAUAUUUCCACUAAACGCCAAUGCAAUACCUGACCACAAGUUCAUCGGUGAUUAA